AUGCCCUUCUAUCGUAAACCACGAGAAUUUACGCCUCUAUUGAUCGCGGCAGAAAAGAAAGCUGUCAAAAAUGGUGUACAUCACGCUAUAUUUACAUCGAGAUUUGACAGAUAUGUUGGUGACUGGAAAAAUGAUUUAAAAGAAGGCAAGGGGUGUUUUUUAACAAUCGGUGGUAAAUUAUACGAAGGGGACUGGUACAAAGGUUUCAGACACGGCUUCGGUACCUUAAGUAAUCGGCUACCCAAUGGCACAUUUCGACUUGAAUACGUGGGCGGGUGGGUACGAGGCAAAUUUGAAGGUGUCGGUUGGCGAUACUAUGACAAUGGCGAUGUUUACUUCGGGUUCUUCAAGAAAGGUCACAAACACGGCUACGGCAAGAUGUGGUACAGAGAUGGGACUUACUACGUUGGGUAUUGGAACGAGUCCAAGAAAGAAGGAUUGGGUAUGUUCGUGCAAGUUGACGGUAACCGCUACGAAGGCAACUGGGCAAAAGACGUGAAGAACGGUCUUGGUCGUUUCUACCAUAUGCAUACUGGCCAAUUGCAAGAAGGUUGCUGGAAAGACAACAUUUGUAUCAAGUCUAAGAUGACUGAUAUUAUAAUACGACAGUUCUGCGAUCAUCCCACGGAGUACCCUAUUCCACCGCAAGAAUUGAAGUGUGCGAGGCGUAUCCUGGAGUUGAGCAGCCUCUGGUUGAACCAGAAAUUGGGAGACAUCGACAAAAAAUUAAAAUAUUGCAUCGAUCAAAUGUAUUAA